CUCCGCACAGCGGCGCCAAUCCAGUUACAUGAGCGCGACUUUAUUGUGAGGAUGUUUCCCGCAUCGACACCGUCUGUCUAGUUAUUGGUCCUUGUACCGCUCCGGCGAUUACAAAUUGUUUUAUCAGCGAAUGUGAAAAAUCGUUUGAUAACUGAAAUACGCACAUGGGCAGCGUGUAAAUAAAAACUACGUAAUUGGAGAGAAAAAAAACUCACUUGUGCCAGAGCAGUGUUUUUGUUUUUGUUUUUUUUUUGUUUUUUAAAUCUGAUAAAGGAUAUAUACAAUUUUUGUUGGUUUGUGAAUUUUUUGUUUGUUGAAUUUUGUGAACUUUGUACAAUUUUUAAAUUUUGGUGGAUACGUUUGCGGAAGAAUAUUCAAAUUCCUGUCGUGCAUGUUGAAAGGGCAUAUAUAUUUGUAUCGGUUGUCUCUGAAAAAUCAACUAAUGUGAUUCUGGGCAGAUCUGGGGGUAAUGGCUGCAGCCGACAGAAGUACCAUGGUACCCGUCGUCAACAGUUGUUUUACCGAAACCGGAACGAACGAAAUCAAUCGAGAAACACCAAAAGCAUCACCAGAAGCAUCGCGUCGUCGAAAGGAGUUUAGAGUCGCUAGGGGCGCGUGGGGGUCGCGCGACGAACCAUGAGUCGGUGCCCGGCGGUGCGUCAUCGCUCAUGGACCACCCCGCUGUUAACGUGCGGAUCUUCUUCAGCGUGGGACCGCGCCACGAGACUGCGCUCUUUCGCUCUGAUACACCUUCGGAUCAGAUCAAAGAUUUAUUUAGAGCGGCUGCAGAGGCGGGACCUAGAGACAUCCUUAAACUCUAUAAUACCGACGGCCAAUUGCUGAAUAUUUGCUCGGAUCUUCCCUCAAACACUCAAAAUAACCGGUACUCUCUUCAAGUUGUCGCCGCCAACGGCCUGGCGAUGCUCCAAGAAUCCACCGGUGCUGAUCUCAAAGCUUUAGAAGCCAGGGUGUCGGCCAUCGAAAGGCAACUUCGGUGGGAACUACCGCUUCCGCCGGCCGUCGAGGAGCUCCAAAAGGAAGUCGACGCGUUUAAGGAGAAGCUGGAAACUACUGAGAGUCUGAGCUGGCUUGGAUUCUAUAAACAACUUCCAGAGCCUCUAUCCAGUGAAGAAUGUCGGCGUCUCCAGUAUAGGAGAAAGAGUGAUUCUGUAAAAAAACGCGUGAAGCAAAACUUCGCUAAUAUAUGUGAUGCACAAGUAUCCGACGCUAUCAGGCAAUGGUUACGGAUGCCAACUUUCGACGCAAGGCCUUGGGAAGACGAGGAGCUACUGCUUCUUCUGCAACAGAUGUACCUCGAUCACGACCUUUGUGCGAAAUUCGCCAUAGACAUCACGACCUUGAGGAACUUUCUUUACGAGACGUACAAAAAUUACAACGACGUGCCGUUUCACAAUUUCAGGCAUUGCUUCUGCGUCGCUCAAAUGCUAUACGCAAUUUCGUGGUGCGUCGACCUUCCUUCAAAAAUUGGCGACCUAGAAGUUCUAAUUUUGUUAACAUCCUGUAUUUGCCACGAUCUCGAUCAUCCUGGUUACAAUAACAUUUACCAGAUCAACGCAAAAACGGAGUUAGCAAUUCGUUACAACGAUAUCUCACCUUUGGAGAACCAUCAUUGUAGCGUGGCUUUCAGAAUAUUGGAAAACGACGAUUGCAAUAUUUUCAAAUCGUUUAGCAGUGAUGAUUUCAAGCAAGUCAGGGAAGGUAUGAUUAGAUGCAUCUUGGCGACAGAUAUGGCUAGACAUAACGAAAUAUUGACAAAUUUUAAGGAAAUUAGUCCAGUUUUUAACUAUUUGGAUAAGGGACACGUCAAUUUGCUAUGCAUGGUUCUAAUAAAAGUAUCCGACAUAUCCAACGAAGCCAGGCCUAUGGACGUCGCCGAACCAUGGCUGGACAAACUUCUGCAAGAAUUCUUCAAGCAAAGCGACGCCGAGAAGCUGGAGGGUCUUCCAGUUACGCCGUUUAUGGACCGCGAGAAAAUAACAAAGCCCUCUUCGCAAUGCUCUUUUAUUGGUUUUGUCCUUUUGCCUCUUUUCGAGGCCCUCGGGGAACUCUUUAUUGAAUUACAGGAUUUGAUCAUUCAACCCGUGCGGGACGCGUUGGACUAUUACAGAAGACUUAAUGAAGCAACGAGGGAGGAAAGACUGCACCGUAAAAGUAUAGUAGAAACGACGUUAAACGAUCAAAAUACACCAACAUCACAAAGUCCUGACAGCGGAUCAAAUGUGCCAAAGUUUAAUUCCAACACCAAAAUGAAGAAGAGUUUAAGUUUUCAACAGAACAGGUCGAGAUCCCGUUCCACGGACGAAGAAAUUACGGAUAACGACGGAGUAGUAGCUUUGGGCGAAGGCCAAAGUCUAGAAGACGUCGAAGAAGAUACCGAAAGCGGCGAUUCGGAAACGGCAAACGAAGCUGAAGUUUCCGAAAAAACUCUCAAAUUUAAGAUUUCUUGCGAAAGCAGCAUCGCCACAACGGGUAGGAAAAGCUAUCCUGGUUCGAGAAAGGGCAGCAGGGAGAGGGUGCAACAUUUGAAUCAUUCGGAAAUAGCCAAGAUGGUGGCGAAAGGAAAACUUAGAUGUGGAGGUCUCAGCUUCGAUCAGCACUGUUUGGUUGGUAACAAAAAGCUAUCCUUCGACCCCCCGGAAUUCCUCGACGAAUACGCCUUAACUUUGAAGAAGAAAUUCGAAGAAGGACUCGCCAACCGUUCGGACUCCGAAGAAGAAAGAAAGCGAGAUGUCGGUGAAUACGUCGUAUCGAAAGAAACUUUAAAUUUGAACAAGAGGAACUCGGAGCACAGCGUAAAAACCAUAACCGGUGCGACCGACGAAAAGAAAAGCAUCCUAAAGUGUAGUGAAAAAUCCUCGUUUACGAACGAACAAAAACUGAAAAUGAACAAUCAAGUGACUAAACAGGAAGACUCCGAUUCGAACAACAAAUAUAGUAUUAAAAAUUGUACAGAUCCAGUGAGUGAUACAAACAGUAUUCUAGUGCAAAGAGAUGAAACUAAAACGGGUCGUUCGAUAUUCUCGCGUUUCCGACAACUCACCGACCGGCUGGGACUGUCGGAGAAAGACAAGACCUCGAAGUCCGCGUCAACCAAGAACAACAAUUGCUCGAGAAGCACAUCGCAGAAAGGUAAGAAAAAAUCGGAUAGGGCAUGUUGUAGACUGGACGAUGAUAAGAAAGCCAGUACUCUUCCGAAAACGAAACGAAUCACUAAGAAACCCUGGAAAUUGUUUGUAGGGAAGGACAAGACGAGUAGACUCGAAGGUUGGGCUUCCGACGCUGCCGUCGACGAGCUGGAAUUAGACAAUCAGUCGCUUCCGUCAACUUCGCAGGUACAAAGCAACUGUGCCAGCCCCAAACUAACAAAUUUCAAAAAUGAAGCGGCCAUCUUGCGUAAAGAAGACCCGAUCACUGGCAACAAUGUCGGCGUCGUCGACAAAUGCAUCGCAAAGCUGCAAGAAAUUAAAAUGGACGAGGCGAUAGUGUUGAACGAAACGGACGCUAACUUGAUAUGACAAGAGGUCAAGGCAUCAGACAGGGAGUGUUUCGCUAGAUAUAUAUUUUGUCGUUGUUGUAAAUAUAGACCAAAUACUAGGGAAAAUGUUUAGGUAAUUAAGAUAAUGAUUGUGUAAUUUAUUUUUAUUUUUUUUUUUUAUUUAUUUGGAGGAGGAGGGCGUUAUUUGCUGGGAAAGAAGAGCUAUAUCAAGCUUGCGGACACUCUGUGGCGGCACCAUACAAGACCUGGUGGGUUUUUUGUAGCUUUUUUGUUACGCUAUUUGCGAAUUUGUAGCUUUGCCCAGGUCCGAAAAAACAACGGAUCCGCU